AUGAGAUUAUUAAAAAGUCAUCCUUUUUUAAAAUUAGUUAACGCUUAUAUAAUCGAUCAUUCGCAACCAACCAAUAUAAGUUAUCUAUGAAACUUUGGUUCAUUAUUAGGACUUUGUUUAGGUAUACAAAUAAUUACAGGUGUAACUUUAGCUAUGCAUUAUAACCCUAGUAUAGCUGAAGCAUUCAAUUCUGUUGAGCAUAUUAUGAGAGACGUAAAUAACGGGUGAUUAAUUCGUUACUUACACAGUAAUACAGCUUCAGCAUUCUUUUUCUUAGUGUACUUACAUAUAGGUAGAGGUUUCUAUUACGCAUCUUACAGAGCACCUAGAACAUUAGCUUGAGUAAUAGGAGCUAUAAUUCUUAUCCUUAUGAUAGGUACAGGUUUCUUGGGUUUCAUCUGAGGAGGUUUCUCUGUAAAUAACGCAACUUUAAACAGAUUCUUCGCUCUGCACUUUGUAUUACCUUUUGUGUUAGCUGCAUUAGUAUUAAUGCAUUUAAUAGCAGUGCACGAUUCAGCUGGAGCUAGUAAUCCAUUAGGAGUACCUGGUUACUAUGAUAGAAUACCUUUCGCUCCUUACUACUUAUUUAAAGAUUUAAUUACUAUAUUCAUCUUUAUUUUUGUUUUAAGUAUGUUCGUAUUCUUUAUGCCAAAUGUGUUAGGGGAUAGUGAUAACUAUAUAAUGGCUAAUCCUAUGCAAACACCUGCUGCUAUAGUACCUGAGUGAUAUCUUUUACCUUUUUAUGCUAUACUAAGAUCUAUACCUAAUAAAUUAUUAGGUGUUAUAGCUAUGUUUAGUUCACUAUUAAUUAUUUUAGUGCUACCUAAAGCAGAUUUAGGUAUAACUAAAGGUUUACAAUUCAGACCUUUAAGCAAAAUAAUGUUCUAUGUAUUUGUAAUAAACUUCUUGAUAUUAAUGCAAUUAGGGGCUAAACAUGUUGAAAGUCCAUUUAUAGAAUUAGGACAAAUCAGUACAGUUUUAUAUUUUUCUUACUUCUUAGUUAUAAUUCCUGUUUUAAGCAUAAUAGAAAAUACUUUAAUAGACUUAUAUCAAAAUAAUAAACUUAAUUAUAAAACUAAUUAG